UGAGCAACAUGGCGCUGUUGUGUCGAGUCCUUAAUGGCCAGUUUGGUGUAACACAGUGGGUAACAGCAUGCAACCGAUUGACACCCUUACUUCUUUCCCAAGGCCGGUGGCUCCAAACAUCCUCUGGCAUUUUCCAGUGGUCCCAGAGGAGUCUUUCCCAAGUGCAUGUUGGACCAGAACAGAUCAUUGGAACAGGUCCACAAUCAAAUAGGACAUACCAUACUACAAGCCAGCUUCUAAUUCCCAAUGACUCCCCAAAACCCAUUGAAGAGAAGGUUGGUGCCCUCACAAAGAUAAUAGAAGCCAUGGGAUUCACAGGACCAUUGAAAUACAGUAGAUGGAAGAUUAAGAUUGCUGCUCUGCGCAUGUACACUAGCUGUGUGGAGAAAACCGACUUCGAGGAAUUCUUUCUAAGGUGCCAGAUGCCUGAUACAUUCAAUUCUUGGUUUCUUAUUACUCUGCUUCAUGUCUGGAUGUGUCUUGUUCGGAUGAAGCAGGAAGGCCGUUCAGGGAACUACAUGUGUCGCAUCAUAGUUCAUUUUAUGUGGGAGGACGUUGAGCAGCGUGGCAGAGUCAUGGGGAUUACACAGAGGGCUUUCCCAGGCAUCCUCAUUUGUUCCUCACAACCACCCCAUGAGGGAAGCAGUAUUGAUGUUCUCUCCAUUGACAGAUGA